UGGCAAUUCGCACGCGAGGAUUUGAAGCAGACGCCUUCGGUGCAAGCCGGGUGGUCAGUUGAACGUGAGGAAUUGGAUAGGGCCAAGGCUUGCUCGCUGAUUUACUCGGCGUCUCGUAAAUUACAGCUUCCGCAAAUUACAUCGGCCUCGGCAUGCGUCUAUUUGCACCGGUUCUAUAUGCGUCACUCGUUAAAGGAAUUUCACCAUUAUAAUAUUGCAGCCACGUGUUUGUUCUUUGCGUGCAAAUCGGAGGAGACACUGCGCAAGUUGGAUUCGUUUAUCCCAGUGAUAGUCUACUAUGCGUCCAAAGGCAACCGCAGAGCACCCCCAGGAACAACUGAGUUUGAGAAAUGGCGAACGGUGAUUCUGCACACAGAAGUGGUUCUGCUCGAGGCUCUGUGUUUCGACAUGGUCGUCGAUCAUCCACACGUACCGCUGAUUGAGAUCAUCGACAAGCUGCGGCCCACACAACAGUUGAGUCAGAUGGCUUGGAACUUUAUUGCGGAUUUUAUGCGGUUGCCCAUAUGCCUGGUUUAUACACCCCGGUUAGUUGCCGUGGCGGCGGUGUCGUUGGCU